AUGUUAAAAAUUUAAGACGUUGUCCAAGGAUGGGAAAAUAAUGCAUCAUUGGAUUUUGAAGAUGCUCUCAAACCAACCUAAGGUUAACUGGUUUCUAAACUGAAGUUCUAGACGCUCGAUAAGAAAUCGAGUUAUAGAGCUAAAUUGACCAAUAAGACUGAGUUAAUAAGAGAGAGGAAGUCGAGUGUUAACUAGAGUGAUUCAGAAUCGCUAAAUAUGAGGAGAAGGAUAUAAAAUAAAAAAUAGCUUUAUCCAAUUUAACUGAUAAUGUUAGAAUAACAAGACUUAAAGUCCCAAAUACUUUAAGGGCAACCUGCAAUUUCUUAAAGAGUAUCUCCAAGUACUUCAGUAAAUUGUGUUCUAAGAAGAAAGAAUAUUUAUCUGCAAUCGAUUUUAAAAUAAGUAUUUUUUACAAUGAAAAGGUGA